AUGAGGCGACGAAAGACUGUAAUGGACUGGCCACAUGUCAAUUCUUCGGGGAUCAUCACCCAAAGAACGUCAUAUUUGAAGAACAAAGAAAAAGAUGCUUAUCCGUAUAGUUGGCGCCUUCGCCAACUACCAUGCCCUUUUAUGGCAGUCGAUGAAGAACAGCUUCCCUUAUUUAGAUGGGAGUUGUUCGUCCAUUAUCUAUCUAUCUAUCUAUCUAUCUAUCUAUCUAUCUAUCUAUCUAUCUAUCUGAAGCUAUUCACCAUCUAUCUAUCUAUCUAUCUAUCUAUCUAUCUAUCUAUCUAUCUAUCUAUCUAUCUCAUUCCGUUCAUUAUCUAUUUCAGUCUAUUCAUUAACUAUCAAUCUAUCUAUUCCAGUCCAUUCAUUAUCUAUCUAUCUAUCUAUCUAUCUAUCUAUCUAUCUAUCUAUCUAUCUAUCUAUCUAUCUAUUAUUAUCUAUCUAUCUCAGUCCAUUCAUUAUCUUAUACUGUUCAUAACUAUCUAUUUAUAUAUCUAUCCCAUUCAGUUCAUGUCUAUCUAUCUAUCUAUCUAUCUAUCUAUCUAUCUAUCUAUUGAAAUCUGUUCGUAUCUAUCAGUCUUGUUCUCCCAUAAAAUAUGUACAUAG